GGCUCGGCCGGUGCCUCCGCUCGCCGCCGCCAGGACCGCAGGCCCGGGCCGAAGCUGCCCCGGAAAUGCUUCCAGCCGGCGCCAACAUGGCAGCGGCCCUGCGAGGCGCGGGCGCCCUGUUCCGCUGUCCGUCAGCACAUGGCGGCCUGAGGGCCCAUCAGCCACGAAAGUGUCAGUUGGGUACAGCAGCAGCCACUGCCACUGCCACCUCUGAGACAACUGAGCGUGCCAAAAGUGCAAAGCCUCAAGUUCACCCGGAGAAGAGGAAGCCAAAAACUGGUAUAUUGAUGCUAAACAUGGGAGGCCCUGAGACCCUUGGAGAUGUUCAUGACUUCCUCCUGAGGCUCUUCUUGGACCGAGAUCUCAUGACACUUCCUGUCCAAAACAAACUGGGGCCAUUCAUUGCCAAACGCCGGACCCCCAAAAUUCAGGAGCAGUACCGCAAGAUUGGAGGUGGCUCUCCUAUCAAGAUGUGGACCUCCAAGCAAGGGGAAGGCAUGGUGAAGCUGCUGGAUGAACUGUCUCCUCACACAGCUCCUCACAAAUACUAUAUUGGAUUCCGGUACGUCCAUCCUUUAACGGAAGAAGCAAUUGAAGAGAUGGAGAGGGACGGGCUUGAACGGGCCAUUGCUUUCACGCAGUAUCCGCAGUACAGCUGCUCCACCACAGGCAGCAGCUUGAAUGCCAUCUACAGAUACUACACUGGAACGGGCAAGAAGCCUGGCAUGAGGUGGAGCACCAUCGACAGGUGGCCCACACAUCCCCUGCUCAUCCAGUGCUUUGCAGACCACAUUCUGAAGGAGCUGGACCACUUUCCCCCAGAGAAGCAAAGCGAGGUGGUCAUUCUGUUCUCUGCGCACUCCCUGCCCAUGUCGGUGGUCAACCGAGGGGACCCCUACCCUCAGGAGGUGGGUGCCACUGUGCACAGAGUCAUGGAAAGGCUGGGUUACUCCAACCCCUACCGGCUGGUUUGGCAGUCCAAGGUGGGUCCCAUGUCCUGGCUGGGGCCUCAAACAGACGAGACCAUCAAAGGGUUGUGUGAGCGGGGGAGGAAGAACAUCCUUCUGGUCCCCAUAGCCUUUACCAGUGACCACAUCGAAACACUGUACGAGCUGGACAUCGAAUACUCGCAGGUGCUAGCCAGUGAGUGUGGAGUGGAAAACAUCAGAAGAGCAGAGUCUCUUAAUGGAAAUCCGCUGUUCUCCAAGGCCCUGGCUGACUUGGUGCAUGCGCACAUGCAGUCCAACGAGCUGUGCUCCAAGCAGUUGACCCUGGGCUGCCCACUCUGCGUGAAUCCCAUCUGCAGAGAGACCAAGGCCUUCUUCACCAACCAGCAGCUGUGACCCUGUUGACCGGGGCCCUUUCCACAUAUCACGGAAGUGUUACCUGCACAACAUGGAAGUCACGUGACAUGUGCCGGGGGGGGUCCAAAGAAAGUUCACGGGAAAUGUCUGUUACAAAACUAUGCAUAGGAUUCUGAGCCUUGUCUUUGUUCCAAAGCAAACCCAAUUCCCUUUUUCCAUGGGGUGCCCUCACCCAUUUCUAGAGGGACUGACUCUGAAAUUGUUACUGAAGGGUUCCGGGUUUUGUCAUUCUCCCCAGGAAGCCUUUGUGUUCCCUCCCUUUGGGAAUAGUUACUCCUUUGAAGUGGAAAGAAUUAUCCUCUGCCCAACACGCCUAUCUUAAAUACAAAUUUUACUCUUUUGAUCCUAAACCACCUGCCCAGAGAGUGCUCUAUGUGGGCUAUUAGUGUGACUGGGAUCUGUUUAUAGCCAUGUACAGCUAGUUGUACUCUUAGGAGCGAAUGUAACUGGGUUUAUGAAAUGUAGCUUGACAAAGAACCUAAUGGAUCUUGUCCUAGGCCCAGGACAGAUGGAAGCUGGGAUAUUCAUUGGUCAAGUUGGCACCCCUUCCUCACCCUAGAAUGGAAUCAAGUACAGAGUUUAGAGGCAUUCUGUGGCUGUGCUGGCAUGUGAGGCUGGUCACCAUGCUGGCCGCUCAUGCCUUGGUGGAAGUCCAGUGUCCAGCGAUGGGGGCUUCCAUCAGCAUUUCCCAUCCCCAACAACAGCAUUGUUGGGAAACACUCCACAGAGGACUUGGCCUCCCAGUCCUGGCAGCCUUUCCAGCCAGUGACUUCUAGAUCUGACUGCCUUGUCUCAUUUCUGCACAUUGGUUCAUGAAUUAUCUUAUGGCAUCAACUACAUUUUGUAACCUUGAAUUCUUUGUUUAUACAUUUUCAUUAUGAAGAUUACACAGCCAUAUGGCAGAACAUUUAAGAAAUCCAGAACAGAAAUACAACUAUUCAAAUGCAAGUCUUUGCAUUACUGGGUUUCCUGUGAGUUUUUCCCUGUGGCUAUUUUCAAUGUCAUUAUCACCUUCUAACAAAUGUAAAAAUAAUCCCAGAUCAGAAUUCAAUCUUCUAUAUUUGGAUUUAAAUGGAUUAAAAGUCUCUGACGGA